AUGUCGGACGGACAGAUUCGCAAGCCUGACAAGGACUUUUCCAAAGAGGUGGACACACAGCUUCCAGAAGCUGAGCAGCUAGCACAGACAAAUGUGCAAGCCGCCAUUGAGAAGCUUACGGUAUUGGAGAAACAAACAAGACAGGCAUCGGAUCUUGCAUCAACAUCUCGAAUCCUCGUCGGAAUUGUCACUAUCUGCAAAAAUGCUGGCGAUUGGAGUUUAUUGAAUGAACAAGUUCUGUUAUUAUCGAAGAAACAUGGCCAACUCAAACAAGCUACAACCAAAAUGGUACAGGUGGUUAUGGAGCUUUUGGAUUCAACACCAAACCUCGAGACAAAACUCACAGUUAUCGAGACACUGCGAACGGUCACAGAGGGAAAGAUCUUCGUCGAAGUUGAGCGUGCCCGAGUUACUAAAAUCCUUUCCGACAUCAAGAAGGAACAAGGUGAUCUCAAAUCUGCAACCGACAUCUUGUGCGAGCUGCAAGUCGAGACAUUUGGAUCGAUGGAGAGGAGGGAGAAAACGGAAUUUAUCCUGGCACAAGUCGCAUUAUGUAUAGAGAGCAACGACUGGACACAAGCUGGAAUCUUGAGUCGGAAGAUCAGUACCAAAUAUUUGGCAAGAAAGCCAAAGAAGACUCCGGAGCAAUUAACGAAGGAGGCAGAGGAUAGGGAGAAGAGAAGAAAAAAGGGAGAGGAUGUUCCAGAGCCAAAGGAGGACGAUGUUACAGAUCUCAAAUUGAAAUAUUACGAGCACCAAAUCACUUUGGCGAAGCAUGAUAACAAAUAUCUUGAUGCCUGCAAGCAUUACAGACAGGUGCUUGAUACGGAAGCUGUCGAAGAGGAUCCUCAGAAGUUACAUUCGGUCUUGCAAAGAAUCAUUUACUAUGUCAUCUUAGCUCCUUAUGAUAACGAACAAUCCGAUCUCCUCCACCGCGUACACAAAGAUACUCGCAAUAGCCAAGUACCACUCGAUUCCCAGCUUCUCAAGCUAUUCACGGUUCCAGAGCUUAUGCGAUGGCCCGAAGUUUCAAAAAUAUUUGGACCACACCUUUGCGAGACUGAUGUUUUCGACGUUUCAGAAGGUCAAUCUGCCGACCCCAAGGCGCACAAACGUUGGGAAGAUUUACGCAAACGUGUUAUUGAACACAACGUUCGAGUGGUCGCCAAAUACUAUACACGAAUUCAAAUGCCUCGAUUGACUCAACUUCUUGAUCUGACCGAAGACGAGACGGAGAAAUAUAUUAGCGAGUUAGUCACUGCUAAGACUGUCUUCGCCAAGAUCGAUAGACCUGCUCGUAUUGUCAACUUUGCUAAACCAAGAGAUGCGGAUGACGUUCUUAAUGAAUGGAGUGGAAAUAUGAAGAGCUUGUUAGGAUUAUUGGAGAGAAUUGACCAUUUGAUUACGAAGGAGGAAAUGAUGGCUAGGAUUCAACCAACCAAGUCAUCAAAGGGUUCAAAGGCUGGAAAGGUUAAGGCUUAA